AGAGUGGAAAUAGAAAAAGCAGCAGCAGCAGCAGCGUUGUCGGAAUCGAUGUGAGGCAAAUUAAGCACAAUUGCAUAAACAUUAGUGUGUAGAAAAACAUAAAUUGGGCCUGAAAACGACCCGUUUUACAGUGGCCCAGAGAUAUAUAGCUUGCAUACCCAGGUAGAGUGAUCAUUGACAGCAGCAGCAGCAAAUACAGAGACAGACAUGGAGAUGUCGCCGGAGAAAGAGACGGUUGUGGUAAGAGCGUUAUCUGAAUCAGCUGAAAGCCUUGCUAAACCAGGGGAUGUCUUCCAUCUCGUCGCUUGCAGCUGGUGGAACUCUUGGGUCAACUACGUCAGCCAAACCCGCUCAGCUGCAUCAGUUUCGCACCAACAAAAUUCAGUGCCUUCAACUACUCUGAACAGACCCUGUGCCAUUGAUAAUACCGACUUGAUUCAGCAUUCAGGUUCAGAAGAUGCUGCUAUUGGAUUUGACCUCAGGGACAAUCUAGUCGAAGGCACUGACUACAUAUUGCUUCCCAAAGCAAUUUGGAAUCAGUUACAUGAAUGGUAUGGAGGGGGUCCUAAAUUGGCACGUAAAGUCAUAAGUUCUGGCUUAUCAGAAAAUGAACUUUCUGUGGAGGUAUAUCCUCUUCGGCUGCACUUACAUUUGAAUCCGAAAGGAGAUCGUUGUACUAUAAGAAUAAGCAAGAAGGAAACUGUUGGAGAACUUUACAGAAAAGCCUGUGAGACUUUUGGUCUUGAGUCCGAGCAAGCAUUCAUUUGGGAUUAUUAUGGCCAGCGUAAACAUGCUUUGAUAAAUGACAUGGACAAAUCUCUCGAGGAUAUUAACAUAGAAAUGGAUCAGGAUAUUCUAGUUGACAUCACUGACAAUGGUGGUAACAUGAGUUUAUCAGUUGCUGGAGGUUUAUCUAUGGACAAGAGUUUCUUUAAGAACGUUAAUCCAGAAUUGUCUCAAUAUUCUCAAUAUCUAAAUCAGACAACCUCUAGAGAAGUGGAGAAGAUACAUGGGAUGCCUGGUUUCAGUACAAGUGAUUCUUCUGGGGGUCUUACUGGGUUAUCGAAUCUUGGCAAUACUUGCUACAUGAAUAGUGCAAUACAGUGCCUUGUUCAUACACCACAGUUUGCUUUGUAUUUUUUGGAUGAUUAUCAUCAAGAAAAAACCCGGCAUAACCGUGUUGGCAGACGUGGUAAGCUAGCUGUAGCCUUUGGUGACCUGCUCAAGAAAUUGUGGGCACCGCCACCAGGACAGGUUUCAGUGAAUCCUCGUCACUUUAAAGCAAAGCUUGGUCGUUUUGCUCCGCAAUUUAGUGACUUGCAUCAGCAUGAUUCUCAGGAACUCCUAGUUUUGCUGUUGGAUGGGCUUCAUGAAGAUCUGAACCAUGUUGAAAAGAUAUCUAACAUCAAAUCCAGAGAUGCUGAUGGUCGGCCUGACGAGGAAGUUGGCGAUGAGUAUUGGUCAAAUCAUGUUGCUCGUAACAAUUCCAUAAUUGUAGAUGUUUGCCAGGGCCAGUACAAGUCAACUUUAGUUUGUCCUGUCUGUAAUAAAAUGUCCGUGAUAUUCGACCCCUUUAUGUAUCUUUCCCUGCCUCUCCAAUUCACGUCCAUCCGAACAAUGACAGUGACUGUGUUCACUUGUGAUGGUAGUGCACUACCAGCUGCUUUCACUAUAAAUGUUCCAAAGCUAGGACGUUGCAGGGAUCUAAUCCAGGCACUCGGCAGUUCGUGUUCCUUAAAAGACAAUGAGAUAAUAUUACUUGUAAAGAUACAAAACCACCUUAUUAACUGCUUUUUGGAAGACCCUUUAGUUCCAUUGUCUUCCAUCAAAGAUGAUGACCAUCUUGCUGCCUACAAGAUUCCAAAGUUUGUGAAAAAAUUUAAGUUUCUUCAGCUGAUACACCGUCGGGAAGAAGAGAAUCCUGGUAGUUCCCAGAGAAUAACAGAGUGGAAGCCUUUUGGAACACCUCUUGUUUCACCUAUCUUGUGUGAUGACACUUUUACAACAGGUGAUAUACAGUCAGUAGUUCAUACAAUGCUCUCUCCUCUGCGAAGAACUGAGAUCUUGAGACAUGCUGAUGUCUUUGAUACAAGCAUAGCCGCAACAGCAUCAGAUCUGCCUCGAGCUGUCAAUUGUACUGUGACUAGUACUGAUUUCAUCUUCGGUGAGUCAAAACAGGAGAGUGGCAAUUCUAAGGUGACUGGUUUAAGGAAACUUCCUUUACUACAAGUGGACGAAAACAAUUCUUGCUUUGAUCUAUCAGUUGGAGAAGAGAAGGCUGUUAAAAUCGCCUCAUCUUCAAGAUCCAUACUUGUUUCCGUUGAUUGGUCUCAAAAUCUUUUGGAUUAUUACGAGACCUCUUACCUGGAAAACUUACCAGUAGUCAAGAAUGGCGCAGCAAGUAAAAGAACUCGCAAAGAACCACUUUCCCUGUAUACUUGCCUGGAAGCUUUUUUGCGUGAAGAGCCUCUGGUACUUGAAGAGAUGUGGUACUGUCCGCAGUGCAAGGAGCAAAGGCAAGCAAGUAAGAAACUUGAUCUUUGGAGGCUUCCUGAUGUCCUCAUCAUUCAACUGAAGAGGUUCGAAUAUAGUAGAUCAGCAAAGCAUAAGCUGAAGACAUUCGUCCACUUUCCCAUCCAUGACUUUAACCUGACAGAUUACAUAGGAAGCAAAAGGAAUUCGAUGCAACAUCUGUAUGAACUUUAUGCCGUAAUAAAUCAUUAUGGUGACAUGAGAAGUGGUCACUACACAGCACAUAUUAAGCUCCUUGACGAAAAUCGGUGGUAUAAUUUCGAUGAUGCACAUGUAUCACCAAUCGAUGAAGAUGCAGUACGUUCCAGUGCUGCAUAUGUACUCUUUUAUAGGAGGGUGAAGUCUGAUUGUUCCUCUGCGAGCAACCGACCUCAAUCAUCCGCAAGACACAAGAAAGUAUCAUACUUGUAGCCGCUGAUGUAUAGUGCUCCUGUCCUGUAUAUAAGAAGCUAGUCCUUGUAAGAGAUAAGUAUUGUACUCUUGGUUGUGCGAUUGUAAGUCUGUAUGAAAUGGGAGGGUUGUCCUCCACCAUAAGACUUUCUUUACUGCAGAGUCUGCAAACCGGUUCACACCAAUGCAUGUGUUCCAGCAGGUUGGAGUUGACUGAUUACAUAUUUAAAAUUUCACAGAUAUUCUACCCCUCCAGAUCUGUAUAUUAUUGGUUGUGGGUUAGUUUCUUGUUUUUGUCUUUGUGAUGGACACUUAGAAAAACUUUUUGGGCUAAACAUAUGUAUCUUAUGAUGUGUGUA